AUGAUGGAUCUGCACGCACCACCCCUAGUUGUUCAUGGCUAUGAACCCCAUGCCCCCCUGUUAGAAGUGGAGGGUUUGGACCCACAUAGUCCUCAGCAGAAGGUGUUAAUUCACGCGCCUACUCUGCAAAGUCAGGAUUUAAUCACCAGUGACCAUCGGAAUGGAGAUGAGCAGUACCACGCGCACAGCAGCAACCAAGGAGGCGAUGACAACCUGUAUGAUUUUAACCACACAAUUUUGAGUGAAAGUGUUCUUAAAAGUAAAAACUUGAAAAAACUGCUCACCUCCCCCGACUACUGUGGAGUCGUCGAACCAGUCCUGCGCGGUCGAGUCAUCGCGAUUGGUCACACGCCGGGACUCGAACAGGCGACGUCGACAGCGGAAGUGACGAUUCUCUGA